AUGAUUAAGUGAUUAUGCCUAUUUUUUUCCUAUAUUCUUAUAGUGUCCUCCCACUCUUGGUUAGGUCUGUGGCUUAGUAUAGAAAUAAAUUCUUUAAGCUUUAUCCCUAUCAUAAUCGAAGAAAGAAAAGAAAAUAGAUUAAAAUAUUUUUUGAUUCAGUCAGUAGCCUCAGUCAUCUUUUUAGCGAGUAUUCUGAAUCAAUCCUUUUCAUUCUUAAUUCCUUUUGCCCUAUUAAUUAAGAUUGGUGCGGCCCCGUUCCAUAUAUGAUUAGUAAGUAUUUCUAAAUCUAUAUCAUGAAAGGUUUUAUCCCUUUUAAUAACUUUUCAGAAAAUUGGGCCUCUUCUUGGACUCGCUAUACUACAAUUCACAAAUUCUUUUUUCAUUUUUAUUAGAGCAUUUAUUGGCGGAUUAGGUGGGAUUAACCAAUCCAACCUUCGGCUGAUUAUAGCGUUUUCUUCCGUUAGACAUCUAUCUUGACUAAUAGUUAAUAUAAGUAGAUUUUUCUUGAUAUUAGUUUAUUAUGUGACUUACUUGGCUAUUCUAUAUUUUGCUGUAAUUUUAUUACAGCAAAGGGGUAUGUACUCCCUCGCCCAAAUGAAUAGUAACGCUAGAUUAAUUUAUAAAGCUUCGAUUUCAUUUAAUCUUCUCUCUUUAGCCGGGUUACCCCCAUUCCUGGGAUUUUUUAUUAAAUGAAUAUCUCUGGAAAUAAAUAUUUUAUCCCCCCUUCUUGUGUUAGCCCUUGUUGUGUCUUCAUGUUUCUCAGUCUAUUUUUAUUUUAAGAUUGCUAUGAGAUCUCUUUUAUUUCCCUCAGAGGUAAAGUCUAAGAAAAUAGAGAUCCCGGGCAUUCUAUCAAUAGGGUUUAAUAUUUUUCUUCCUCUAUUCUUUUUGUAA